AGCUGGCAUUUUAUUUUCCUUUGUCAUAUCACCGAAAUUGACCUGCACAAGCUCAUACGGCAGUAUAAGAACACAUUUCUUUCAAGCAUUUACUUGCUAAAUAAAUUAAGUGAUUUAUUAUAUUUGAUGCGUAAGUGUCAAUUCAUAAUCCUAAAUGCGCAAAUAACUACAAGAUAGAAAUCACGUUGAUACGGGUGGAAGUUGGCGUGGUGGGGACGAAGGAAUUCUAAGAUGGAGACGAUAAAGAAUAUAACGUUUGCGAUGCUUUACGGAAUACUUGACAGCAUCAAGGGAAUUAAGCUGUUGUUUCAAAUAGACGAGGAAAUGAAUAAGAUUGAUGCCAAGGAAGAGGAGACAAAACAACGGCGAAAUGCUGCAAGGGAACGUCGUGCGUAUCGACGAACACCAUCCCCAACACCUUCUUCAGCAGCAGCAAUGGCACGAGAAGAACUGAAAGAGCUACUCCAACUAAAGGAACAGACAAAUCCCAACGAAAGGCGAUUGAGCAGCAUGAUCAAACGCUCAAAAAAUACUGACUUACAAGGACCAAAACUGGAGAGAAAAAUUGCUACAAAAUUUAUAAAAUGCUGCGGAUUUAAUAUCGGUUGCACUUGGAUAUGUAUGAUGUUCUUCGAAUAUGGAAUUUUGCCAGCUCUCAAAUAUUUAUUAAGUUUGUUUUACGGUGCAGAUACAACAGAAUUAAACAUGGUUUGGGAAUGGGUGCGUCCUGUUUCGAAUGCCACUUUCCAAAUUGGUUGGAUAGGACCCAUUUGUGCUUUAUGCAGAGUCUUAAGUUUGCUAUGGUUCUCCGAUAUUGCAGAUGCUGCGUAUCGUGUGCGUAGAGAAAGUCCUCAGACGAUGCCUAAUGUUACCAAAUACUAUGCGGAUUUUCUUUUUGGUUUAAUCGUACAAUGGUUAUUCUUAUUCCAAAGCUGGAUUGUGAAUUAUAUACCUAUUCCAUACAUUGGUGUGGUAUUAAGUAAUUUUCAUUUAUGUUUACUCCACGCGUUGUGCUCAUUUGAGUACAAGUGGUUCAACAUGGGAUGGGAGUUGCACCGUCGCUUAAGUUAUAUCGAAAAUAACUGGCCGUAUUUCAUUGGUUUCGGUUUACCUCUUACCAUAUUAACUAACCUAUCUGAAUCGUUUAUUUUGAAUGGUUGCGCCUUUUGCGUAUUUUUCCCGCUAUUCAUAUUGAGUGGUUAUGAGGCAAUACCUAUUGUCGACUCAGUUAAUUUCCCUGUGCGUCUUUUUACACCGAUCAUCUUCUGUACGAAUUUAAUUUUCAAUCGUUUCAAGCCUCCGAGAUUGUCAGCAGUUAAAUUAGCUCAACAAAAAAAGCAUCUCAUCACACAAAAAGAAAAAGAACUCCAACAGCAUAAACUGUUGCAACAAGAAAUGGAAGAUGCCUAUUUGGGUCGCAGCCGCAGUCGUCAAACAGAAUAUCAAGGAAAUGAGGAACCAUAUAUCGCACAGCGUUCGCAAUCAACACGCUACUCUCAUUCACCAUCGCCAAGCCCGGUCCAAUAUCGAUACCAACAACCGCCAGCUCAGCCUCGAGUACCGUCGACAACACGUCAAUUUAUGGGCCAAGUUCCCAUUUCACCUGCACUGGUGCCUAGGACACCAUCUUCUGAAAGUUCAUCUGUACACACAACACAAACGGUUCGUCACAGGUAGUAGAGCAAUUCGUUAAGCGUAAAGUAAUAUGUGUUGCCGUCGACGACACAACGUAAGCGAUAAGAGAAUAUCGACUGCAGCAAAUGCAACAAAAACAACUGAAUUUUAUUCAAAUGGACUUCAAAGUGUGAUCAAUACCUUUUAGUUUUGACUUAUGUAUAUGUACAUAAGACUAAUAAUAUAGGAACGCUUCGAUUUGCUAAACAAGUAAUUUUCAAAAAUUGCUUAGUAAUCCUUAUAAUGACAAACUAGCAAACAUACAUGGAUAUGUAUUUUUUAGAUGCUGAUUUUUAUUUUAUAUAUUUAAAAAUAGUUUCACGUAAUAGGUAUACAAUUUUCAAUGUAUAUCGAUCGUAUCAUAAUAAAUCGGACAAUUUUUUUUACUGCUGCACGUUUUUAUGGUAUACAAAAAAGCAUAUUACAUGUACAUAUAUAUUAAAACGCGUGAAAAAAUAAUUUCAAUAAACU